CUGGUGCUUCUUCAAUGAAACUGUGAAUUGCGAUACUGAUGUCAUUGGAAUCAUAAAGCUGUACAGGUCGUAGGCAUCGGGUCUCCAAACGCACACUAGUUAGCUAUUUGUCCUCUGCAAAGGUCCCGCUAUGCAGAUUCGAUUGGAGGCAUCGGCAUUCCUGUUUCUCUUGAUUGCAGCUCCAGUUUACCUCCAGGAUGAAUGUGUGGGGAAUUCGUGUUAUCCUCACCUCGGUGACCUCAUGGUGGGUCGUGCCGCCCAGCUCACGGCAUCCUCUACCUGUGGCCUUAACAGACCGCAAAACUAUUGCAUCUUGGGAUACCUAGAGAAUGAGAGGAAGUGCUUCACAUGCGACUCUAGAAGUCCCUACAAUCCCUACCAGAAUCCCAACAGCCAUCGCAUUGAGCAUGUCAUCACCACCUUUCAACCUGAGCGCAAUAAGAGAUGGUGGCAGUCUGAAAACGGCGUGCAUGAAGUCAACAUUCAGCUGGACUUGGAAGCAAUGUUUCAGUUUAGUCAUCUGAUAUUGACGUUUAAGAGUUUCCGGCCUGCUGCCAUGUUGGUUGAGAGGUCAAAAGAUUUCGGCCAAACCUGGAAGGUUUUCCGGUACUUUGCGGAGGACUGUGCCAACUCUUUUCCGGGCAUCCCCGAAUGGCCAGCAGAUAGCAUUGAUGAUGUCGUCUGUGAUAGCCGCUAUUCUGGGCCAGAACCUUCCACCGACGGGGAGGUGGUGUUAAAAGCCCUGGAUCCAAGCUUUGACAUCCAUGAUCCAUACAAUCCCACUAUACAAGAGCUGAUCACCAUAACAAAUCUACGUGUGAACUUUACACGUCUCUUCACCCUGGGUGACACAUUGCUCUCACCCCGUUGGAGGGACCCGGAGGAAAAGUAUUAUUAUGCCCUCUACGAGAUGGUGGUUCGAGGAACCUGCUUCUGCAACGGACACGCCAGCCAGUGUGUUCCUCUGGACAGUGUACGUGGUGACAACUUCAUUGAGCCUGGCAUGGUGCACGGUAGAUGUGUUUGCCAACACAACACAGUGGGGUACAACUGUGAGCAAUGUCAAGACUUUUACCAGGACGCCCCCUGGAGGCCAGGUGGAGAAACAAACACGGAAGGUUGCAGAAGGUGCAGUUGUAAUGGUCACUCAGAGAAGUGUCACUUUGAUCAGGAACGCUAUCUGGCUACAGGACUAGUUAGUGGUGGUGUAUGUGAUAACUGCAGGAAUAACCGUGUUGGACCUCAGUGUGAACUGUGUGGCCCUUAUUACUACCAGGACCCCCAGCGCUUUGUGGAAGACCCCGAUGCUUGUUUACCCUGUGAAUGUAAUCCAGAUGGUUCAGUGGACGGUGGACUUUGUGAUCCAGUUACUGGUCAGUGUGUUUGUAAACAGAAUGUAGAAGGGGAACGCUGUGACCGGUGCAAAUUUGGCUUCUACGGCUUUAGCCGAGAUGACCCCAGUGGCUGUCAGUUGUGUAGGUGUAAUUUCAUGGGCACCGUAAGCAUAGGCAACCCUUGUGAUCAGACCACAGGACGAUGUAUCUGUCAACAUUUUGCUCACGGCCCAGAGUGUGAUGAGUGUCUGCCAGGGUACUGGGGUCUAGGAAAUACAGUCUAUGGCUGUAUACCUUGUGACUGUGACAUUGGUGGCGCCCGGAGAACUGAAUGUUCAUCGGAGGAAGGCCAGUGUGAAUGCAGGCCUAACAUGGUUGGUCUCAAAUGUAGUGACCCCACUGCUGGAUAUUUCUUGGCUCCCCUUGAUUUUUAUAUCUAUGAAGCUGAGAACGCAAAGCCUGUGGUGUCCCUACCAUUAGUGAAACCUGAACGACCAACCAAGCUCCCUCUUUGCCCAUUUGACCCAAAACCCUCCCCGACAACUAAACCAGAGAUCCCUGAUUACCCUAUGGUGACGCCUACCCCAUUUAACUCCCAUAUCACCCUACCCAUAUGUGAGCACUACUUCAGACAAAGGGGUUACGACUUUAAGAUAAGCAAUGGGAGGAUUGUGGUGGUCAAGCGUGAGAAACGGCAAGCCAGACGACGAAGACAAGACCAGACAAUGAUCCACUUUCAACCAGGAUCAUCUCUUCAAAUCAUCCCAAGACAACGUGCACCAAACAAGUCUGUCACUUGGACUGGAUUGGGUUUUGUGCGAGUUCAGGAUGGGGCUGGACUCCGAUUUUCCAUCACCAAUAUACCAGCAACCCUUGACUACUAUGUAGUUGUCCGCUAUGAACCAGAGUCUAGCGAUGACUGGACAGCUACUGUGAAUGUUGUGUCUUUCGGAUCACGGGAUGGAAGUUGUCCAAAUGACCCAUCAGAGAAAGUCUUUACUCUUCCAGGGUCUGGAAGGACAGCGACCCUGGAUUCCCCAGUGUGUCUUCGCUCUGGCGAUCAUUAUGAAGUGGAGAUCACUUUUAGGAAGCAACCUAAUGCCAACUUUCUGUCCAGCUCAUACAUCCUAAUCGACUCGCUGGGUCUCAUUCCCAAAGUGGACUCCCUCCCAAACUUCUGCUCGAGCUCACAACUGGCUGAGUUUCAGCAGUAUCGCUGUGUUGUGUUGGGAGGGCAGGUAGGAGAGCAAACGCUUCCCGAAAUAUGCGAGAGGAUUAUUGGAAGUAUAUCUGCUUUUAUUCACAACGGUGCAGUUUCUUGUAAUUGUAAUCCAGUUGGAGCCUACGGUUCAUCAUGCAGUAAAUUCGGCGGGCAGUGCGAAUGCAAACCAAACGUUAUUGGUCGCUGCUGCGAUUCAUGUGCUCCUCUGACGUAUGGGUUUGGAUAUGAUGGCUGCUCAACAUGUGACUGCGAUCCGUCUGGCUCUACUGCUGAGUUGUGUGACCAGAGAAGUGGACAAUGUUCAUGUCGGGAUGGAGUAACAGGCCGUCAAUGUGACCAAUGUUACACCGGUUUCUUUGGAUUUCCCCUGUGCAGACGCUGUCAAUGCAACGGGCUGUCGGACAUCUGUGACCCCGUUACUGGAGUCUGUCUAGACUGCAGAGAGCACUCCACAGGACCUCACUGUGAAAGGUGUGAAGAUGGUUAUAUUGGUGACCCUGUCUCUGAGCAACCAUGUGAGCCAUGCCUUUGUCCAGAUUUAAAAGGAAAUGGACGUUUCUUCGCCAUCUCCUGCAACAAAGAUCCAAACUCUGUAAACCCAUUCUGUGAAUGUCUGCCUGGCCAUACAGGCCCACGCUGUGAUGCCUGUGCACCUGGUUACUAUGGUGACUUGAGGUUGCCAGAUGCCCGAUGCGAGGAGUGUGACUGCAACAAUAAUAUUGAUCCCCGUGACGAUGACGCAUGCAACGCUUUAACCGGCAAGUGUCUGCGCUGUUUGCACAAUACGGAGGGACCACGGUGUCAGAGCUGCAAGCGUGGAUACUAUGGAAAUGCACUCGAUCAGGACUGCAAAGAGUGUUCUUGUGACCCGAGGGGCACAGACGUUUCAAAGUGUCCCGCUGGAAGCCCCUGUAUCUGCGACCCGGAGACCGGUCGGUGCCCGUGCCGCACAGGUGUCAAAGGAUUCCUCUGUAAUGAGUGUAAGGAUGGAUACUGGAACUUAGAUGGGGAGUCUGGGUGCCAGCCAUGCAACUGUAACCCAGAACAUGUCCUCAGCAAUAUCUGCGAUAAGAUCACAGGCCAAUGCCUCUGCGAGACAGAAUACGGAGGCAGACAAUGUGAUGAAUGUGGGCCCAACUUUUUUGGAAACCCAGAUAUACAGUGCAUGUCUUGUGACUGUAAUAUGGAGGGCACUAUUUACCCAGCCUGUGACCCUUACACGGGCGAGUGCUUAUGUAAACCAGGAGUAAUAGGAAUAUUUUGUGAUGAAUGCGGCCCGGGUCACGACACCAUCUUUCCCACCUGCAAGCCCUGCCAUACCUGCUCCCAGCUCUGGGAAAAGAUUGUCUCGGAUAUCAAACUAGAUACCGAAAGGAUGGAAACUAUAAUGCCCUGCCCUGAAAACACCCGGCCUAUUCCUGAUCUCGAACGGUUAAAUAGAUUGUUGGAUAUGCUACAAAGUCUGCUCAACAAGACGAAUCAGGAUGAACUGGAUAAAUUAGAAAAGCUCUUGGAACAGAUUAGGAAUGAAACAGAAACCAUAGACCCAAAUCUAAUUAUUAUCGACCCAAGCACAUUGCUCAACACUGACAUCGACAACAUCCGCUUUGAGUUCAACAGGCUGCUGAAGAAUCUCAGGGAGAAGAAAAAAGACGUUCCAGUGAUAGACAUAAAAGCUUUAAAUGACAAUGUAAAUAAGAUCAGGGAGCUCUAUAAAAAAUUUACCGAAGAUGAAAAGAAAGUGGAAGCAGCUAAGAAAAUGCAAGAAGACUCCGAGAAGACAAGAGAGAAGGUCGCACUGGAGCUCACCAAGUGUCGCAAAGGACAAAUUGAUUUACUGGAGAAGAAAGUGAAGGAUCUGAGUGUAGCCAAACUGAACGAGGAGAUCUGUGGAGCUCCAGGCGACGUGAAAUGUGAGCAGGCAAAAUGCGGUGGAGCUUUGUGCGGGAAGUGUGGAGGUCCGGGUUGUGAGGGGAGUUUACCCAUCAGCUUCGAUGCCUCUAAACUGGCAGUGAUGACCAGGAUAAACAUCACAGACGUCCGCAAUGAACUCAAGGAUGCGGACGCAAAGCUUACCGACACAACAAAAAUGACUGAUUACAUCAAAAAUCAAGCGAAAGAGAUGAUGGAUAAAAUAAAUCAGUCUAAGAGUAAAUCUGAGAAAGAAAAGGUUAAAAUCAGGGACUUUUUAAAGAAGGUCAAGGACUACCUGAGAGAUGAGCUGGUGAAGCCGGAGGACAUUGAGAAACUGGCCAAUGCUGUGUUGUCAAUUCAGUUGCCCAAAUCUCCUGAUGACAUCAAGAAGAUGAUUGAGGACAUCAAGAAGAUCCUGGCAAACGUCACAGGCUUCAGUGAAGAUCUCGAGCGCUUGGAGAAAGAGGCCAAAAUAGCUGAAGACAUGAAAAAGAGGGCCACAGAGAUUUUGAAAAGAACAGAGGCCAUUGAUGUGAGCGAGAUUGAGAAAGCGUUGAAGGAUACAGAAGAUCUCCAUGACAAGAUCAGGAAUUAUCUGAACGAAGCAGAAGACAACAAUAAUGUUAUCAGUGACAAACUUAAUGAGACUAAGCCUAAACUGGAAAACAUUGAGGAUAAUUUGAAUUCAACCCGAAUUAAAGACUUACUGAAUGAAACUAAGGCCUUGAAGGACAAAACAGAAAUGAAUAGAGCUCAGGGGAAGGAGGCCAAAGCAGCAGCAGAUGCUGCCCUCAAUCGUGCCAAUGAUGCCAGUAAGGAUCUUGAGGAUUUGAAAGAGCAGUUUGAAAAAUUAAAAUCAAACGACAAGAACAAUAGCGUCAAUGAAGAAGCUAAUGAACGCCUGAAGAACAUCACAAUGGAAACAGAAAAAAUGGCUAAAGAUAUUCAAGAUAAAAUGAAGGAAAUUGAAGAAUUGGAGAAGAGGAUUCUAGAUGCAGCAAAAAGAAAAGAAGAGAAGAUGAAAGAUUUGGAGGAGCUUCAGAAUGAGGCGACUGAUUUAAAGAAAUUCAUUGUUGACAAAGUGGAAAAAUACGGACUAUGCUCCACUUAAGACCUACACGGGCUUCGCUUAUUCAAAAUCAGAUAAAAAACUUUACCAUGGAAGAACGCUGAAAGCAUUGCAGUGCAAAGGAUUAUGGGAUCAGUUCAGUCAUUUUAUGAAAAAAUCCUUUACACGUUUGCGUGCUGCUAACAACAAUCUUGUGCUACAAAUCAACCCUCCUCAACCAAAAUAACUGGUUCUGUCCAAAAAGUUUAUUGAUAUAUUUCAUAUUAAAACUUUUUUAAAUAA